AUGCGCCCUUUCACCACCGUCGCUGCGGCCAUUAUCGGCCUGGCGGGCGUCCAGACAGUCGCUGGUGCCCCAUCAAAUCACACCAGCCCCGGGUGCUGUCGGAACCCUCUGAUCCGAUACGAAUGGCGACAACUAUCCUUGGAGCAGAGAUUAAGCUACAUCGAUGCUAUCAAAUGCUUGAUGUCUCUGCCGUCGGAAGGAAAUAAUUUGUGGCCUGGUGCAAAGACCCGGUAUGACGAUUUCCAAGGUAUGCACAUCUAUGUCACAGAACAAGUGCACUUCAAUCUGAGGAACAAAUGCUCCUACCAAGGAACACUACCCUACUGGGACUUGAGUCUUGACAACACUGCGGAAAGUUUCGUCAACUCGCCAAUCUUUGACAAUACUUACGGAUUCGGCGGUAACGGGCCAUAUGUCGAGGAUAUCAGUGAUGACGAGGAGUUCCCGAUCAAGACCCCCACGGAAAUUCCGGGAAGGAGUGGAGGAGGUUGCGUCCAGGAAGGGCCAUUUGCGAACCUCACGGUUCCUAUGGGUCUUGGCUCCUCACUUGAACCGCAACCCCAUUGCCUACGUCGAGAUUUCAGUCCCACCCUCGUUGCCAGUGCCCUGAGAGACGAGAUUAUUGACCGUGCGCUCUCUGCGCCGACCUAUGGUGAAUUCAACUCUCACAUUCAGGGCUACAGUUUCGAGUUCGACGGCCUGACUCUCCACGCGGGCAUGCAUCUUGGCAUCGGCGGUGCUGUUGGCGAAAAUGCGGACAUGUACUCCUCCCCCGGCGAUCCACUCUUCUACUUUGUCCACGGCGCACUGGACAAGAUCUGGAACGACUGGCAGCGGCGAGUGGUCGUAGACUGGCCCGCGCGUAAAACCGCCAUUGGCGGGCCGGACACCAUGUUCGCGUACCCGUUCAACUUCUUCGGUGACGUGCCGUACGAGAACAUUACGCUGCAGUACCCUCUCAAGUAUCCCAACUUUGGAGAGGAUAUCCCCAUCAGCGGUGUGAUGGAUAUCCAUGGUGGUCCGUUUUGCUACGAGUAUAAGUAG